GUGAUAUGGCCAUGUCAUGGGUCCUUUUAAGAUUAAUUGAGAAACUUCGUCAAUCCGAGUCCUCCAAAACGGAACACACACAUUUUGGAAAAAACUAAUAUACUAUUUUAGUAUAUCAAGCAAUCUCAAAGAAAGUGUAAACUAAAGGAGAAGAAAGUGUUUUUUCAUAAAGCCUCCAUUAGCCGUAUACUUCUUUGACAACAUUGUGUGUAAUUCGCCACAGUGAGGCUUGAAAUGACCCCUGGAGUCAGAGCAGGGUCUCAGGGGAGAUAAGAGGGUCAUGAUGGAGAAAUAUAAUGUUAGGGAGAGGGGGGAGAGAGGGAUGGACCGUGGCCAAUGAUCUGCAAGCAGAAUAACUAGAGACACAGAGGAGAUUUGAUAAAGCAAGCAACUCUCCACAGACCAAAAACACGAGCAUGUCUCAGAGGAUGAGGCGAUGAAGAGCAGCCAGGUGGUUUAGUCCAUUUAGCGAUUUUAUUCAUUAGCCGGGUAAUUUCAUAGAUGCACAAACAGGCCAUCAGCAAGGUUUACACUAUAGCAUGAAACACCUUGUUUGUCCUGAAUAUGACAUCGUUAUCCAAGAUCCUGCACUAGCGGAGGCUGAGGAGGAUUGACGGGACGCAUGAUUGAAAGAAUCACGUUUCCUCCCCCCUUGAUGUGCUCAAACGGAGGUGUGUGGAGGAGAGAGCGAUUGCCGAUGCCCGGAGAAAACAGCCGCCUAUGUGCAGGCAGCUGUGGACCAGAGGAAGGUGGUACCCGAGUGUUUAUUAUCCGGGAUCUGACUCCGGAGGCGCGGCGCUGAGGCAUGGGCUGCGCUCCCAGUAUCCACGUCUCUCAGAGCGGGGUGAUCUACUGCCGAGACUCGGACGAAUCCAACUCCCCCCACCAGACCACCACCAUCUCUCAGGGUACCGCGGCCACGCUACACGGGCUCUUCAUCAAGACCGAUGCGGCCGAGACCAUCCCCUCCGUCCUCACCUACCAGAGUCGCCCCUCGCGGAACAACUCCUGCCGGGAUCACAAGGAGAACAGCGUCGGGCACAUCCGCAUCGAGGCCGAGACGCAGACCAGCCACAACAGCGUCAAGGUUUCAGCUACAGAAGAAUGUGUAGGACCGAUGAAACUGACUCAAGAGCCCAUUCAG